CGUCACCACUAACAACGGGCGGCGCUGUGCUCCUCCUCCUCCUGUGCCGGAACCGGCGGCGGCGCUGCCCCGCACCGACAUGAGGAGAGCGGAGAGCGGCUGGGCGGCGUGACGGCGGGCUGUAAUAAGCGGUUGGAGCUGCCCUUCAUAACCGCAGCCAUGGUGCAGAAGUAUCAGUCACCCAUACGGGUGUAUAAACACCCCUUUGAGUUGAUUAUGGCUGCUUAUGAGAGGAGGUUUCCUACAUGCCCACUGAUUCCUAUGUUUGUAGCCAGUGACACCGUGAGUGAAUAUAAGAGUGAGGAUGGAGCCAUCCAUGUGAUCGAACGGCGCUGUAAGCUGGAUAUCGAUGCGCCACGGCUGUUGAAAAAGAUUGCAGGAGUGGAUUACGUCUACUUUGUCCAGAAGAAUUCUCUGAACAGGCGGGAAAGGACUUUGCAUAUAGAAGCCUACAAUGAAACCUUCUCUAACAGAGUCAUUAUUAACGAGCACUGCUCUUACACAGUUCAUCCUGACAAUGAAGACUGGACCUGUUUUGAACAGUCAGCAAGUCUGGAUAUAAAAUCUUUUUUUGGUUUUGAAAGCACAGUGGAAAAGAUUGCCAUGAAGCAGUACACCAGCAAUAUCAAAAAGGGAAAGGAAAUAAUAGAGUACUACCUGAAGCAGCUGGAGGAAGAAGGAAUAACCUUUGUUCCUCGUUGGACUCCUCCUGUUGCAUGUAAAUUGGAGAGCAGCACAUCCCACACCAGACGACCAGUUUCACCUGCUAUUAAUGUGCCAGAUUCUGCCACAAAGGAGGGCUUGAACAAUAAGGAGAUCCUCAACACCUCAAGCAGCCCCUCAGAGCUUACAGCAGGAACACCUGAUGACAAGCUGGAUGCAGACUACAUCAAACGUUAUCUGGGCGACUUGACACCCAUGCAGGAAAGCUGCCUCAUUCGGCUUAGGCAGUGGCUCCAAGAGACACACAAGGGCAAAAUCCCAAAGGAUGAGCACAUCUUAAGAUUCCUCCGUGCCCGGGAUUUCAACAUUGAUAAAGCAAGAGAGAUCCUCUGCCAGUCUCUGACGUGGCGUAAGCAGCACCAGGUGGACUAUAUUCUAGAUACCUGGAAUCCUCCUCAAGUACUCCAGGAUUACUAUGCAGGAGGCUGGCAUCAUCAUGACAAAGAUGGCCGCCCGCUGUACGUGCUGAGGCUGGGACAGAUGGACACCAAAGGCUUAGUGAGGGCUCUUGGGGAAGAGGCCUUGCUUCGAUACGUUCUCUCCAUAAAUGAAGAAGGUCUGAGGCGAUGUGAGGAGAAUACAAAAGUGUUUGGCAGACCAAUAAGCUCUUGGACCUGCCUGGUAGAUCUAGAAGGCUUAAACAUGCGGCAUUUAUGGAGGCCUGGUGUCAAAGCAUUGCUAAGAAUCAUUGAGGUGGUGGAAGCAAAUUACCCUGAGACUUUGGGUCGUCUUCUUAUCCUGAGAGCACCUCGAGUAUUCCCAGUUCUUUGGACACUGGUUAGUCCAUUCAUUGAUGACAACACUAGAAAGAAAUUCCUUAUUUAUGCUGGAAAUGACUACCAGGGUCCUGGGGGAUUGCUGGAUUACAUCGAUAAGGAAAUUAUUCCUGACUUUCUUGGUGGAGAGUGCAUGUGUGAAGUACCAGAGGGUGGGCUGGUUCCCAAGUCCCUCUACCGGACAGCAGAAGAGCUGGAAAAUGAAGACAUAAAGCUCUGGACUGAAACAAUCUACCAGUCUGCAAGUGUCUUCAAAGGAGCUCCACAUGAGGUUCUCAUUCAGAUUGUGGAUGCCUCAUCUGUGAUCACGUGGGAUUUUGAUGUGUGUAAAGGCGACAUUGUUUUUAACAUCUUCCAUUCCAAGAGGGCUCCACAGCCUCCUAAAAAAGACUCUCUGGGAGCUCACAGUAUCACAUCUCCUGGUGGGAACAACGUCCAGUUGAUAGACAAAGUCUGGCAGCUGGGCCGCGAUUACAGCAUGGUGGAAUCUCCUCUUAUCUGCAAGGAAGGGGAAAGCGUGCAGGGAUCGCAUGUGACCAGGUGGCCUGGCUUCUAUAUUCUCCAGUGGAAAUUCCAUAGCAUGCCUGCCUGUGCUGCAACCAACCUGCCUCGUGUGGAUGAUGUGCUGGCAUCUCUGCAGGUCUCCUCUCACAAAUGCAAAGUGAUGUACUAUACUGAAGUGAUAGGAUCUGAAGAUUUCAGAGGAUCUAUGACCAGCCUUGAAUCAAGCCACAGCGGAUUCUCUCAGCUCAGUGCUGCCACCACCUCUUCCAGCCAGUCCCACUCCAGCUCCAUGAUUUCCAGGUAGUGCCACAACAGAUGAAAAUGAUGACGGCCGGACCUUCGCCUGUGGCAGCUGACUGCAAUACAACUGGCAAUUGUGCAAAAAACAGCCACCCCUACCCCACAGAAGCCUUUUGUAGAUAGUAAAGUAGCUGUUUGAAUUUUAAACUUAGUGGUUUUUGGUCCUUGUAAGAUCCAGCCUCCUGUCUCUUAACCCGAACCUUUUUCCUAACUCAGCCAUAAAUAUUUUUAAGCGUGCUUGCACGAAUCCUAACUCUCAACAUAAGGGCUCUCCUGGAAGGAAAAAUGAUCAGUGCAUCAGUUAUUUUUUUAAAUUGUAUAAAUGUUAAAGAGGAAAAAAAAAAAAAAAAAAAGAGGAAAAC